AUGGUCAUUGGAAGAUCAAAGAGACAGGUGUUUGGUUAUAUAAAAGAGAAAGUAGUGAGCAGAAUGAGGGGAUGGAAGGAGAAGGUUCUGAGUCAAACUGGGAAAGAAAUUAUGUUGAAGUCAAUUAUUUUGGCACUCCCUACCUAUGCAAUGAGCUGCUGUAAAUUGCCUAAGUCUUUAUGUAUGGAUUUAUGUAGACAAAUGGCAAAGUUCAGGUGGGGGGAUAGUGAGGAGGCAAAAAGAAUUCAUUGGAUUAGCUGGGAUAAGUUGUCUGAAGUGAAAGGGAAGGGAGGUCUGGGAUUCAGGGAUCUUCAGUGCUUUAACAAGGCUACGCUAGCUAAACAGCUUUGGAGAGUGUUGACAAAUCCAAGUCUUCUAGUUAGAAGGGUUCUUAAGAAUAGAUAUUUCAAAGGAACUUCUAUCUGGGAGACAAAGGAAAGAGGUGGACAUUCUUGGAUAUGGAAAAGUAUACUUAGUGCUGGGGACUUGCUAGAAAAAGGAGCAAGGAAGAGAGUUGGUGACGGUAGCACUAUUAACAUUUGGAAGGACAAAUGGAUAAUGAAUAGUACGAAUGGAAUGGUGCAAUCCAGGAAACCAGAAGGAUGCUAG